AGGACCCAGCGGCUCUACGCCUGCCAGACACUCGCCAACUGCGUCAGUGUGAGCGCAAUCAAGAACCCAAGUCAGUUCGGAGCGCCAUGGGACUACACUUCGUCCACCAAGGACGCGGAGGAGGCGUGGAAGGCGCUGAAGAAGGCAGUGAAAGAGGAUGCAACCUUGAGGGUGGUGGAGGAGGACGAUGGGAAGAAGUACCUGCAUGCUAUCACCCCGAGCAAGGUGCCGCAGAAGGGCGUCGAUGACGUUGAGUUCCUCCUCAUCCCCUCGGAGAAGAUCGUGACGUACAGAUCGGCGUCGAGGAGCAACGCAUACGUGUACCCUUACCAGACUGCUAUCAGCGACGGAGGCAACAACAAGAAGAGAAUGAAGGAAAUCCUCGCUCGGCUCGGGUGGGUGGAGCUCAACUAUGCAGGGGAC